AUGAUAGACAACAAGCAUAAAUACAGGGUGGAGAUACAACAGAUGAUGUUCGUCUCAGGUGAGACGAAUGAUCCACCUAUUGAAGUAACCUCAUUGAUCGAAGAUAUAGUGAGAGGUCAGGUGGUAGAGAUCCUGUUACAGGCGAACAAGACAGCACAUAUUCGGGGUAGUAAAAGUAUUCUUCCUGAGGAUGUUAUUUUUUUAAUUAGACACGAUAAGGCGAAAGUUAAUCGUUUGAGAACCUAUUUGUCAUGGAAAGACCUACGUAAAAAUGCUAAGGAUCAGGAUGCCAGUGCCAGUGCUGCAGGUGCAGGUACUGGUGGUGAUGAUGAUGAUGGUAAGAAAGGUGGCGAUAAAGUAGAUAAAGAUGAUAAAGACGGUGUCAACAUGAUGAAAGUUAAAAAAUCACAAAUUAGACUACCAUGGGAAUUACAAUUUAUGUUUAAUGAACAACCUUUAGAGAAUAAUGAAGAUGAAAAUGAUUUAGAUGAAGAUGAAAGAGAAGCGAAUAUUGCUACCCUGAAGAGAUUGAAAGCAGCAGACGAUCGUACUAGGAACAUGACCAAAGAGGAGUAUGUACAUUGGUCUGAUUGUAGGCAAGCUAGCUUUACAUUCCGUAAGAGUAAAAGAUUCAAGGAUUGGUCUGGGAUUUCUCAGUUGACCGAAGGUAAACCGCAUGAUGAUGUAAUUGAUAUAUUAGGUUUUUUAACAUUUGAAAUAGUGUGCUCGAUUACAGAAACAGCAUUAAAGAUGAAAAAAAAAGAACAAAUAUUACAAAGUCAAAAUGCAAAAAAUAAACAAGCUUCACAGGAUUUAACAUUUGAAGUGACAACUUUAAAUAAAAGAAAAAGGUUAUUUGAUGGACCAGAUAAUGUUGUGAAUCCUUUACAAGCUAUUCAUAUAGAGGAAGCCUGGAGAAUUCUGCAAGCAGUAGACAUGAAGCAUAAGGCAUUAACUAAUUUCAAAGGUGGUAGAUUAUCCACAAGACCUAUUCUUUUAUAA